AUGAGUCGCAGGCACACCACAUCUCCCACUCCUCUUCGCAAGAGACUGGUUUCAGACGUACUGCCUGGAUUCGAGUCUAAACUCCACACUCCCACAAGCACUACGGGAAAGGGCUCAUUUGCCCUUCAGGACGGUCUCGCUUUCAUUGGUUACGCUGCCCAAGCUAUCGCUCAGGACGAAUUCUCAAAAUGCUUUACUCAGAGACCUCGACGGAGAUUCUCUCCCAAAACAAUUCUACUAGGCCCUCUGUACUGGAUGGGCUGGGUCGUGCGCUACUGUCUCUUGUUUCCCUAUCGUUUGGUCUUGCUCCUCGCUGCCACCAUUGUGUUUUUUGUUGGGUUGCCCAUUGUCUUGCAUUUUGAGAAUGAACACUGGCAGGUGAGUUGGACCGAGCAAAUGGCGAGCGAUAGCAAUGGCGAGCGCAAGCGAGCCAUUGCGAGGGAGACUGUACAGGUUUUAGCGUUAGCAAACAAGCGCGAGCGCAAGCGAGCCAUUGCGAGGGAGGGAGGAUUGAGCACUUGUGAGCGCAAGCGAACGCAAGCAAUGGCAACUAACGAGCUGGCGGAGCCAGCUCAAUGA